AUUGUUACUGAGGGACACAGAAUUGUUACUCAGGGACACAGAAUUGUUACUCAGGGACACAGAAUUGUUACUGAGGGACACAGAAUUGUUACUCAGGGACACAGAAUUGUUACUCAGGGACACACAGAAUUGUUACUGAGGGACACAGAAUUGUUACUGAGGGACACAGAAUUGUUACUGAGGGACACAGAAUUGUUACUCAGGGACACAGAAUUGUUACUCAGGGACACAGAAUUGUUACUGAGGGACACAGAAUUGUUACUCAGGGACAGACACAGAAUUGUUACUGAGGGACACAGAAUUGUUACUCAGGGACACAGAAUUGUUACUCAGGGACACAGAAUUAGUAUGUCAGACAACAUGCAGAGGAGUGGCAGAGGAGGCAAUGUUUUAGGAGCGAGCAGACGUGGCAGCAGAGGAAGGGGUCGAGGCAGCACUAGUCGCAGCCAGAGG